CUCUCUCUCUCUCUCUCUCUCUCUCUCUCUCUCUCUCUCUCUCUCUCUCUCUCUCUCUCUCUCUCUCUAGCAUCACAGGAUGGCUGAUGUCAGUGCAGAAUGCAACAUAAAGGUCUUGUGUCGAUUCCGACCCCUGAAUCAGUCUGAAAUCGUCCGUGGGGACAGAUUUAUUCCCACAUUUCAGGAAGAUGACACUGUCAUCAUUGGGGGCAAGCCGUAUGUCUUCGACAGAGUAUUCCCCACUAACAGCACACAAGAGCAGGUGUACAACACCUGUGCCAAACAUAUCGUCAAAGAUGUUCUGGAGGGAUACAACGGCACCAUCUUUGCAUACGGACAGACGUCUUCUGGAAAAACGUUCACUAUGGAGGGAAAACUUCAUGAUUCUAACGGAAGAGGAAUUAUUCCCCGGAUUGCUGAAGACAUCUUCAACCACAUUUACACCAUGGAUGAAAACUUGGAGUUCCACAUUAAGGUCUCGUAUUUCGAAAUCUACAUGGACAAAAUUCGUGACCUUCUUGAUGUGAGUAAGACAAACUUAUCUGUGCAUGAAGACAAGAACAGAGUUCCAUAUGUGAAGGGCUGCACGGAGCGUUUCGUCUCGAGUCCUGAAGAAGUGAUGGAUCUUAUAGACGAGGGCAAAGCAAACCGCCACGUCGCUGUAACAAAUAUGAACGAGCACAGCUCGAGGAGUCACAGUAUCUUCCUCAUCAACAUCAAACAAGAACACGUGGAGACCGAACAGAAACUCUGCGGGAAACUUUAUCUCGUGGAUCUGGCCGGAAGUGAGAAGGUGAGUAAGACAGGUGCAGAGGGAGCCGUCCUGGAUGAAGCCAAGAACAUCAAUAAAUCUCUGUCUGCUCUGGGGAAUGUUAUAUCGGCUCUAGCUGAAGGAACGAAGACUCACGUACCGUACAGAGACAGUAAAAUGACCAGGAUCCUGCAGGAUUCUUUAGGAGGAAACUGUAGAACCACCAUGUUCAUCUGCUGCUCUCCUUCUGCCUUUAAUGAUGCCGAGACCAAAUCAACACUCAUGUUUGGACAACGUGCAAAGACGAUAAAGAACACAGCGUCAGUGAAUCUGGAGCUGACAGCAGAACAGUGGAAGAGAAAAUACGAGAAAGAGAAAGAGAAGAACAAGAACCUGAAGGAGAGCAUGCAACGACUGGAGGCGGAGCUUAACCGCUGGCACAACGGUGAAUCAGUGUUUACUGUUCUCUCUGAUGUCAGCGAUGAUGCGGCUUUAGACGGUCAGACCAACAAAGACACAAAUUCACCGUGUGUCAAAGUCACUGAGGAAGACAAACUCAAAUAUGAGGAAGAGAUACGCAAACUCUAUAAACAACUCGAUGACAAGGACGAUGAGAUUAAUCUACAGUGUCAGUUAGUUGAAAAACUGAAGGAGCAAAUGCUGGAACAAGAGGAGCUGCUAGCAUCAUCGCGCGGGGACGGUGAGCGUGUGCAGUGUGAGUUGAGUCGUCUGCAGUCGGAGAGCGACAGCGCGAAGGCCGAGGUGAAAGAAGUUCUACAGGCUCUUGAGGAACUCGCUCUGAACUACGACCAGAAGAGCCAAGAAGUCCAAGACAAAACCGCUCACAACAGACAGCUCGCCGAGGAACUGUCGCACAAAACCUCGGAUCUGGUGUGUUUGGAGGCGGAGUUUUCAAGGCUACAGGAAUUGAGUGGCCAGCAGAAGAAACGCAUCACUGAGGUGUUAAACACCCUCAUGAAGGAUCUAAACGACUUCAGCUUCAUUUUGGGAAAUGGUGACAUCAGAAUGACGUGUGAUUUUUCGGGUGUGUUAGAGGAGGAGUACGCAGUGGUGUGUGUGUAUGUGAGUAAGGUGAAGUCUGAGCUGAAGUCAGUGGUGAAACGCUGCAAAUAUCUGGAGACUUUACAGUCAGACUGUCAUCGAAAGAUGGAGGAGACCGGACGAGAACUGUCGAGCUGUCAGCUGCUUAUUUCACAGCAUGAAGCAAAGAUUCGCUCUCUGACAGAGUACAUGCAGAACAUUGAACUAAAGAAGAGACAGUUGGAGGAGAAUUACGACUGUCUGAGUGAAGAACUCGCCAAACUACAGACUGCAGAGAGCAAUCCAGAUAAUCAGCAGCACACUGACGAGUCUGGAAGGGUGAAGAAAUCAGACGCUCAUCAUGAACCACAACACAAGCAGCUCGGACGGCUGCGUGACGACAUCAACCACAAACAGAAGAUCAUCGAUGAACUCACAGAUGAGAAUCAGCGGUUGAGUUUAGAGCUGGAGCAGAUGAAUGUUGAGUUUACCGCCCUGAAGGAUCGAGAACAUGAGAAAACUGUACAACUAGAGGAGCUCAGAUAUCUCAAUGAACGUCAUGAACAGUCCAAACAGGACAUGAAGGGGCUGGAGGAAACAGUUGCUCGAGAGCUCCAGACCCUCCACAACCUGAAGAAGCUGUUUGUUCAAGACCUCACGACUCGAGUUAAAAGGAGUUCUGAGUUGGAGCUUGAUGACAGUGGGGGGAGUUCAACCCAGAAAAAGAAGAUUUCCUUUCUUGAAAACAACCUGGAUCAGCUUACGAAAGUUCACAAACAGUUGGUUCGUGAUAAUGCAGAUUUACGCUGUGAACUUCCAAAGCUGGAGAAACGUCUUCGCUCUACGGCUGAGCGUGUUAGGGCGCUGGAGGACACACUGAAAGACACUAAAGAAGGAGCCAUGAAGGACCGUCGGCGUUACCAGCAGGAAGUGGAGCGCAUCAAAGAUGUCAUGAGAGCCAAAAACCCGUUCAGACGACCUCAUUCGGCUCUCAUUGCCAAACCGAUUCGUCCAGGACAUUACCCCGCCUCUUUAUCUGUCAAUCACAUGUUCAUGCGCUCUGGGGAUCAGCCAAUCACAUUCAGCAAUGUGAUGUUCAGCAGCGCCAGUCAAAAACCCAAAUCAACUCCAGCAAAAACCGACUGCAGUCAAACCAGCAAAGCGUCUGACGACGAGAUCACAGUGAAUCCUGCUAACUCCAUGAACUCCACUCUGAACAACACCAACGGUAAAGCCACCGACAUGAAUUAUAACAGCAUGACGCUCAAUGUCGACCAAUCGGAAGAUCCCCAACACAAACAUAUUCGACAAGAGAAGCCUUGUCCAUAAGACUCCAGUGGUUUAAUCCAUGUCUUCAGAAGUGAUAUGAUAAGUGUAGGCGAUUCAUACUUCAAUACUGAAUUCUCCUUUGUAGCUUUUGCAUGUUGCCUGCAGUUCUCAGUGACGUCCACUCGACUUUAUUCUUUAAUUUAACUCAGUUUUCACAGAGCUGCCGUGGUUGAGAGUGACAUCACACACAUGACCAGCAGUUGGCGCUGUUGUUUAGUUCAGUUUGUCGGAAUUUUCUCUUCGGAAUUUCACGCAAUCCAACUAACACGUGCAGGGAUGUCCGAACGUCCACUUAAUUAUAUUAUCAGCAUAAAAAUGUGACUGAAACGUUGAAUUUAAAAAUGUGUACAACUGUUGUAGUAUGCAAGGAAAUCUGAAGAGGUCACAUGAUCUAUGUCACAAAUGUAUUGCAUGCCAUUAGUAACCUAGAAAUAGUGCAGAAUUUUAAAUAUUUCUUAAUUCUUCUUUAAAAUGUCUAUUUUUCCUUCAUGAAAUGUUUACAUUAAGAGGUGAGCAGAAAGUUGAUAUGAGAUUUAAAGCACUUAAUCCUUAUGAAGACAAACCUUUUGAUGGUGUUAAUAACUGAGAGUCACGACGAAAUUCUGUAGCUAUUUUUAUGUAGUUGUAACUAUUUUUAUACUCAUAUUUAUAUGACAGAGUAGCAUUAUGUUGGUCAGUGUAUUUGGAUGCACAGAUUUAUAUGCAUUAUUUAUCUCUGUAGCAGCAUUGUUGCAUAAUUUAAACAUAUUUUAUUACUCAAAAAGUGUGAGAACUUAAUGAAGUCAGAAAGAAUGGUAAAGAGAGAUUAUAUAUGAAUAAAUAGAAGGGAAAAGAGGAUAAAAGUCAUUUCUAAGUAGACUAGAUUUGUUUUAUAACCCUCCUAUGUUAUAAGAUACAUUUAAUAAGAACGGUUUGCUUUAUCUGAUUAGUGCGAAAUUUAAGGCUACGUCUACGUUAAUGCGGAUACGGCGUUUUCGUUUCAAAACGCUCCCCGUCCACACUAAUGUUUUCAAACAUCACGUUUUCCAAAAGUUGCUCGUCCACACUGAAACGUUUGAAAACGCUUACAUCGUGUCACUGCGCAUGCGGGAAAUCCCCACUGCAUGUACGGUCUGAAACGCAAUUGUCCUCGUGCUCCGUCUCCGGACGCCAAUUCCGAGUAAACUUCCCUUCGCCUUUGAAGAAUCGCAAUGCGAAGGUUGUACAAAGUAACAUUUAUUUUUUAACAACGCUAUCAAAGUGGCCCUGCGAUGGACUGGCGACCUGUCCAGGGUGUCCCCCGCCUUUCGCCCAAUGUUAGCUGGGAUAGGCUCCAGCCCCCCGCGACCCUGUACACAGGAUAAGCGGUUGACGAUGGAUGGAUGGCUAUCAAAGUGAGUUUCAGGCACAACAGUGCCACUAUAACACCGGCCGCCAUCUUGAUUGUUUUGGUUGGAUAGAUCACAUGACUAAAAAUGCGUCAUCGCUUAUAGCGUCCGUUAUCACAGUCCACACUACAGCGCGAAAAUGGCGUUUCAAAUUUAUCCACUUUGGAGUGCGUUUUCAAAACGGAGAGAAAAAGACGCGUUUUCCAACAAAAACUUAUUAGUGUGGACUAGGCCUAAGUGGUCGUAUAAAAGAAGCGUCACCUUUGGUAUUCGUGGUCAAAAUUGACCGACCAUUGAGAACCAUUGACAUCUGAGACUUUAGCCCUAGUGGCCACCAGAGGUCGCUAGGUGUUUAUGAGACUUUUAGUUUGAAGUUUUGUUUACCUGCCCAGCUGUAUCUCAUUUACCUCGUUUGCCCCAAAUGUAUUUAAUGUCCUUGUGUUUGCUUGUGUCUUUGUCAGUUGUUUCCUGUUAUCCCCAUGGAUGUAAAAUGUGUUCUGUUCCUGAGUUUUAGUUUUGUUCCUGUUUUUAUGUCACAGCUGAGAAUUUUGACCUAGUGACCUCUGGCGGCCGCUAGGGCAAAAAUCUCAGGCGUGACAAAAUGAAUGGGAAAUAGCAAAAAACAGUGACUGUAUUUAUUUGUCAAAUACAAUCAAUAAAUCAGCAACAAUGCAGAAAAAAACCCCCAAAAUGACAGGGUGAGACUCUAAAACAUCCUCAGUGACACACACACACAAACUGUGUCUUCUCUUUGUAACGCCAUGGUCAGGUUUGAUCGCAGCAUGACGACAUUAACUGCAAAAACUGACACUUCAAAUCAAUUUAAAAUGUUAAACUUUGACAAAUAAUAGUUUGAUCAUGUCUACAUAUAUACCCAAAUGCAUAUCUUAUGAUAAAAUAUAAAAUUAGGUUUCAACACAGUCAUUUACUGGCUGUUACUGGCGUCACAUGAUGUUUAUGUCGUUAUUUAUAUUUUGUUCAGCAGAUGGCAGAAAUCUGUCUCCAAUUUAUGUCACAUUGUCAUAUUUUAUUCAUGUUUCAACUUAUACGAUUUAUAUGAUUUAUUAAUUUUUUUUUCCAAAAAGUUGCUUAUUUGUAUUUGCAAAUUAAUGGUCAUUUUUAGCAGAGGUGGGCGAGUUACACGACUCGAGAUGCAAAUUUAAGGACUUGUGACUUGCUUGAGUAAAUGAAGAAAAUGACUUUGACUUGAGAAGCAGCGAAUCGAGACUUGAACUGAAUGACUUGUUGAAUGUUUUUAUUAUUAUUAUUUUCAGUAACUUAUAAUAAACAUUAAUGAAGUGUGUUUAGAAAAUAUUGCGACAUCAAUUAAUUCAAAUGCAAACAUUUUAUCCCGCCAGCACCACUGCGCUCACAAUGCGCGAAAAUUACCAAUGAUUGUCCAGUUCCCAAAAUAAUCUCCUUUGGAUAUAGAUUUCGAAUUGGACCAUGUGAAUAAAAAAGUACGAAAAUAUGCAACGCAAAAAUAUCCGAUACAACCACCACAACCUCGAAUUUCAUCAGACAUUUCAAAAACCACAAGGAAAGGUGAGUGAAUCAUUUAAUUAUCCAGAAAUGAAUAUGUAUAAUUACUGUUCAAAUGUUUGAGGAUUGUCAGUAAAUUAACGAUUAAUUCAAAACAAUUAAAAACUAUUAAUUUCAUGUUUUGUAGCAUGACGUGUUUGAAAUGACCCGACAUUGCAUCUAAAUGUGCGUGUGCCUUUUCUAAACCUUCUCAACAGUCAACAAUACACCAUAACCAUUUAUUGACAAUAUAACACUUUAUUUAAAAUGUGAUAAAUAGUAUAAAAUAUACAGAAUGACUCGUGACGAAACCAAGUGCUCUCAUAGUGAUUAUGACUUUAACUAAAGCCCUUGAAUGCAAAACAUUUAUGAUUAUUUGAUAUAAAUGUCUCUCUGAAAGGAACUGACUGUCUUCAAUGGCAUUUCCUUGUCAUCUUACCUCUGAAUAAUGCCUAGUAAAGUAUUGUUUAUAAGUGCAGGGCUGCUUUGUGUACAGGCGUUACCGGGGUAACAGCUGCUUUGUGUACAGGUGUUACCGGGGUAAAAGCUGCUUUGUGUACAGCCGUUACUGGGGUAACAGCUGCUUUGUGUACAGGCGUUAUCAGGGUAACAGCUGCUUUGUGUACAGGCGUUAUCAGGGUAACAGCUGCUUUGUGUACAGGUGUUACCGGGGUAACAGCUACUUUGUGUACAGGCGUUAUCAGGGUAACAGCUAUAUUUCUGCUGCAUAAGCGCCCCCUACUGUCCGAGAGUGAAUUAGCAUUUUCAUUCAGCACAUCUGGUGUUUUUGUUAGAUUAAUAUGAAAAUCUGACCGCAUUUUUACACACACACACACACACACACACACACACACACACACACACACACACACACACAGUGUUAUACAUUUUAACCGGUUAAUUCUAAAAAUCUAAACAAUUCCGUUAAUAAGGUAUCUAGAAGUAUUCACAGUAUUUUUAAAUGCUCGACUUGACUGAUUUGUCUGCACUGGACUCGAGACUUGCUUGUGACUUGAACACGUGUGACUUAUUCCCACCUCUGAUAUUUAGAAAUGUGCAUGUAAAUAAGAUCAAAAUAGCAUAAAGUCACAAAGUAAACGCAUACUUUUAUUGUCCUUACUUCAGGGAAGAAACGGUGUUAUUAUCAUCAUCAAAAAAGGGUUACACAUCUAAACCUUCCGGUCAAAAAUGACCGCGAAUACCAAAAGAAGGUGCCAUUUUUCAAUACCAUAGGGGGGUUAAAUCAGGCCUUUAAAUGCAACAGAAAUAGGGUUGAGUUUGAGAAAACACACACUCACACACACACACACACAGUUUCUGAAAAUGUCUGUGUGCUUAUGGUCUGACCUUUGACCUCUUUACACAUCCUGAUCUGUCAGUUAGGAUGAGAGGAACAAGUCAGAUGGAGAGAAUGAUAUUUUUUGAUGGUGCUGAAGGUAUAUAUAUAUAUAUAUAUAUAUAUAUAUAAUGCAAUAAAAUGCACUUUAUAAUACCACUUAUAAUCAGCUGUAUGAUCUUUGAUAGUUGCAUCUGCUGUUGUAACACAUUAUAAUGUGUACCUAGUGAUAGUUACACCUUAACUUUAUUAAAACACAUGCACAGUGUGUUAUUUCAUGUGUAUAUCUUAUGUCUUCUGAUUUAUUACUCUUUCAAAAUGAUCCACAAAUGGCUAGUUCAGGUGAUAUACAUAACUGCUUUUACACUUGAAAAGAUAGAAUGUGUAUUAUAAGGCAUUAUAUAGUGUUUUUACAUCCAAAAAUGUCCAGUUUGUAGUUUUGUUUUGCAGAGAAAUCGAACAAUGUUUAGUUGCGUUUAUGCUUAUAAAAAUAAACGAAUAUUUGCCAAUGGGUUGAGAGAGAAAAAACUCGAUUUAAAGGGCAAACAAGAUCAUUUUUAUUUCCCCUUUGGCAAAUAGUUGUUUCCUCAUCUAAACAUAAAUCCCACCAAUUUUGGUGAGAUUUCUCUGAAAACAAGAUGUAAUAUCACAUGCCAUUUUACAGGAGCUCCUCAAGUCAUUUUCCCCUUGUUUUAAGGACGUUUAGGUAUUUUUACUGGAAAAUAGGACCAAAAAAACUACAAAACAAAAGAUUUUAUGCUCUUGUCUGACUUAAAAGAAUAAAUAAUAAAGUUUCUGUGCAUUCACGCAAAUAAUAAACGUUGUAAAUAUAGAGUUAAAUGCUAGAAUGGCACACGCGUGGUGAAGAUCUACAUGCUAAUAUACCCCCCGAUGGACGUGAGGAUGUGUUUUAUUAUUUAAUUGUCUUUUUGUUGUAUUUUGUUUUAGUUGUGCAUGAAGGACAAUGUACUUUCAAGCAGAAGAACUUGAAACAUGUUUCAAUAAAGAGAAUCCAG